CCUCAGGCGAGAUGUCUGGUUGGACUCUAUGAUGUCAAUUGUUGUGAUGGAGAGAAUAGCUAUUCAUCAUUUUCAGGUAAAGAGAAUCACGAAGGUUGUGACAAUGUUUCCCAUUACCUACAAAACUCCCCGGGUAGGGGAUCAAGCUGCGAUAUGGAUCAAGUUGUAGGUAUACAAGAGGGCGAAAAAAAAGAAACUGCAGAGGAAGGCUUCGACUCAGAAGAAGUGCGUUUCCUGAUUGCAUGCCAGUCAUUACGGCCGGGCGGAAGUCAAUUGCAGCUGGUGAGGCUAGUAGAGCCAGGUGACCCUCAACUUACUAGGUUGACUCGUCAAGCCUUCGUCCACGCUGACGGCGAGGUAACUGGUCUGGCAACUUUAGCCUCCCACCCUCUACUCGUUGUUGCAACUUAUUCGUCAAUUUUGCACUAA